AUGAAAUUGGGACUCAAAGAUUUGAGUAUUCAUGGUAAUGAGUACAUUUUUCGGAGGGAUUUGCAUUGGUGUGAAAGAAUCGUUUGGAUCGUCGCCGUAAUUGCCUCUUUGACGUUCUCGUACCUCGUUGCUCUUGUCGAAUGGAACAAAUUUCGUCACAGCUCGACUGCGUUAUUCAUCGAGACAGAUUACCGUCAAUUCUCCUUCGACAAACCCGUGCUCACUGUAUGCCCAUAUUACGAUGCUACCGAACGCAUCAACAAAUUCUUGCAACAAAAAUUAUCAUUGACCAACAAAAAUCCCAAAUUUCGAUAUUACUCUGACUUUGUACGUCUGCUUAUGCACACGAAUUACACAAACUUGGAAAAAUACGAAAGUUUCGUGAACCAAACACGCAUCAAGGCAUCCGAUUUUGCUGCAAUUGCGAUCGAAUUGAAGAACCGAACAACGAAUCCCGCGAAAUAUCGACUUGUACUAACGGAACUUGGGGUUUGUUUCACCGGGAGUCACAUUGAUUUCGUUAUGAAUCCAGCAAAAAGAACGCCUCGAGAGAACGUUAACGAGCAAUGUAGUGCGGGAAAAACGUGUAAACUAGUCUUUGAACCACAUCCACGUGAUACAUUCCAACAUUUUAUUUACACUUUGAACUUGUGCGCUACGGAUUGUCGCAUCAAAGCAGCGCUCGAAAUUUGCAAAUGUGUCCCCUUUUUCUACAUGCGAAAGCCCGUUUGUGACGCAAAAGGCAUGUACUGUCUCGGAAAAAACCCAAAUUGGAUCGAUAAAAAGUGCGAAUGUCCUGAAAUUUGUAGCUUUAUAACGUUAAAAGAGCAUAGCGUACCAAAAGGACAAAUGAGCUUUUUUGUGUUCGACACGCAGUUAAAUAUCCUCGUAACUUGUCCCAAAAUUCGGAUAAUUCGUAAAGUUAUUUACAGUUUCAAGGAUUUUCUUGUGUCAUUUGGGGGAGCAGUUGCCCUUUUCUUGGGAUUUAGCUUCGUAAUUUGCUUGGAGUUUGUCUUUAUUUGGCUUCAAAAUGGAAUUGGAUUGUUCAAGCAUGGUUGGAAAUGGCUGAAAAUUAAGUUUUCUGAAGAAAAACGUGAAAAUCGAGUCAGGCGAAUUCGAUUUGUGGAAGAAUAUUAUUGA